CAUUUUCACUGGUUUCAGAUUCAAAAAUCGCCAGUGCAGCAGAGACCAGAGUCGUCUUCCUCUUCUCUCUCCGUUUACCUUUCUCGAUUACGAGAGUUUGUAACUAGGAAUCAUGUCUCAUCGCAAGUUUGAGCACCCCAGACAUGGAUCUCUGGGGUUCCUUCCAAGAAAAAGAGCCUCUCGCCACAGGGGAAAAGUGAAGGCCUUUCCUAAAGAUGAUCCGACCAAACCGUGCAGAUUGACUGCUUUCCUUGGAUACAAAGCUGGGAUGACUCACAUUGUUAGAGAAGUUGAGAAGCCGGGAUCAAAACUUCAUAAGAAGGAAACAUGUGAGGCAGUUACUGUUAUUGAAACACCACCCAUGGUAGUUGUUGGGGUUGUUGGUUAUAUAAAGACACCCCGUGGUCUUCGCUGUCUGAACACUGUUUGGGCCCAACAUCUUAGUGAAGAGGUGAAGAGGAGAUUCUACAAGAACUGGUGCAAGUCCAAGAAGAAGGCUUUUGCCAAAUAUUCAAAGAAGUAUGAAACUGAUGAUGGUAAAAAGGAUAUUCAGGCUCAGUUGGAGAAAUUGAAGAAGUAUUGUUCUGUGAUCCGUGUUUUGGCACAUACCCAGAUUAGAAAAAUGAAGGGCUUGAAGCAGAAGAAAGCCCACCUGAUGGAAAUUCAGGUGAAUGGUGGAGACAUAGCUAAGAAAGUCGACUUUGCUUACAAUUUCUUUGAGAAGCAAAUCCCCAUUGAUGCUGUUUUCCAGAAGGAUGAGAUGAUUGACAUUAUUGGUGUGACCAAAGGUAAGGGAUAUGAAGGUGUGGUCACUCGUUGGGGUGUUACUCGUCUUCCCCGCAAGACACACCGUGGACUCCGAAAGGUGGCAUGUAUUGGUGCCUGGCAUCCAGCUAGAGUUUCUUUCACCGUUGCCCGGGCUGGACAGAAUGGUUACCACCAUCGGACGGAGAUGAAUAAAAAGAUAUACAAGCUUGGAAAGGCUGGGCAGGAGUCUCACUCUGCCAUGACCGAGUUUGACAGGACUGAGAAGGAUAUUACACCCAUUGGAGGGUUUCCCCAUUAUGGUGUGGUCAAAGAGGAUUUCCUGAUGAUCAAGGGUUGCUGCGUGGGCCCGAAAAAGCGUGUUGUGACCUUGAGGCAAUCACUGUUGAAACAGACCUCGAGGGUUGCUAUGGAGGAGAUCAAGCUCAAGUUCAUUGACACGUCGUCCAAGUUUGGCCAUGGUCGAUUCCAAACUACUCAGGAGAAAGCAAGGUUCUACGGACGGCUCAAGGCCUAAUUUUGCCGUGAGAAAGUUGGACUAUUAUAGCCUCUCGUUUUUGUAUUUUCAAGUAGCAGAGUUUUUUUGUCUUUGCAAUCUUCCAAUUAUUUCCAGUUUCAUCUUUGGUUUUUGCUAGAAAGAACAUUGCAAUAUCGUGAAUUUUGGAAUAUUGGUUUUGUUUUUUGUUGCCUUGAGGCCA